GUGCGUUCUCGAGCAGGCCCGUGCGUUUCUGUUCAUGCCCCAUACCAAGGGCUAGCUCGGUCACUUGCUCUUCCAUUCAAGGCCAACUACAAAUCCUUGCUCAGUCCCAUGCGCCCCUCGGCAUGCCCCGUUGUAAGGCCUAGCACAGCCCCGUGCGUUCCCGUGCAUGCACCAUUGCAAGGAUUUGUCUAGCUCGUGCGCCCCCUUGCAAUGCUCCGCUCAGUCCCGUGCUUCACUUGAACAUCGAUGCAGGGUUAGGGCGGGCCUAAUCGAGGCCCGAGGUGCAGAUUGAAGCCGCCGAUCUUUUGAAUUCAAGUUCUCGUAGCCAUUCCAGAUCAGACCAUUUUUCCAAAGCCAUAUGCUUCAGUGCUCAUGAUCGUUUAGCGUGCUGGAGUGGCCAUGGUCUUUCGCACAUUGGAAGAGUUUUGUUUCCGCUGGCUCGUUGCUCCUGUCAGGUCUUUUGCGAUCUCUAUUAUGUGCGUGAUUGGCAGGGCGCCUUCAGGGUCUGUUCCUGCUCCUGCCAGAAGGCUCCCACUGUCGAACACAGACGACAGUAGCAAUGAGGUUUUGCACGACAAGGUGUCAAAUGUUUCGAAAGAGUUGAGCAAAGCGGACUUGGCGCGUCUUCUAGGUAAUCUGUACGACGAAGGCGAGAGUGAUGAUAAAGAAGCCGACCCUUCCGUCGAGGAGGAGGGCAUCGUUUUUUUGAAUGCUCUGGAGAAGGCAGCGGACAGCAAGGCACUCGAGUUGGUCCGAAGUGCCAGCACAGCCGUCAUCAACUACGUAGACGAUAUUGGGCGGAACGCAUUGCUGAUACUUGCGUCCGAGGGGCAGACAGAGGCUUGCAGGGCGCUUCUGCACCGGACAGAUUUUGCCGGGAUGAGUGUUCGGGACAUGUUGGGGUCAACGCCCCUGCACCUGGCUGCUGGCAACGACCACGUUGAUAUCUGCAGACUUAUCGUUGCUUGUCCUCGCUUCCCUUGUUCAGGCGUCAACGACUUGAACAACAGGGGUCAGACGCCACUCGAUUUUUGCCUCGAGUUCGGGGACGGAAGUGCCACCGAAGUGCUCGAGGCGGCGGGCGCCACGUCCAGCGGCACAACGGUCCGGAGGGGAGCUCACCGACCUGACGUGGUCGGUCAGCGAGGGGAUGCACCGCCACAGACUCGCUUCGAUGCGGACUUCGGAGGAGCGGAAUUCGACGAAGGCGGCGAGGAUGUCGCUGAGAUGAACGAGUUGGACUGAUAUGCCAGCAGUGAGUUGCAGGAGGGACGCAGGUGACGAGCCCAUUCGGGAGAGGUCUAGUACGUUUUCAUUUCCACUGGCAACUUCAUCCUCUUUCGCAAAGGUUCCCUGCGAAACAGCGCUCUUGAGCAAUUGGCGAAUAGCGAUGCUGCUACUGAAGAUGAUGGUGGCGGUGAUGAUUGGCACCGAUUAUGAUGAG